AGUAUUUAAAAGAGUCUAAAAAGUUAUUCUAAUGCUACACAGAAUUAAGUGUAUUCUGAUUGAGGCCUGUAGGUGGCGCAUUGCACUAGAGUGAUGAGGAAUGACGUUAGGGUCAAAAGGGCAAAGUCAUUAAAAGAAAGCGCCAAAACGCUGCAGACACUAAUGUGUGUUCUCUCAUCAUUUUAUACAGUUACUAUAUCUCAUCCUUCUUUGUUGAGACCGGUAACAUUUUGGGGGCUCGUCCAACCAUUAGGAUCUUGGUAUCAGCUUCGAGACUGAUGACGUGGGAGACCAGUGUGACCCUCUGGAUUGAGCUACAAGGAAUGCUGUGAGUUUGUUCACCUUGUGAGUGCAAGUCUUCGGGGUUCCAGUCAAGAUGGCGUCUUCAGCUCCUCUUCGUGCGUUGCAAUGGGAUAUCCAAAAACAGCUUCAUCUGCUGAGUGAAGAACAGCUGUAUAGUCUUGCUUCAUCACUGGAAGAUGAAAGGGGCUUGGAGGUUCCUAAAGUGACGGGUACCAAUGAACCUGAACUUUUUGAAUUCAUCGUGGACUACAUGAAAAGCGAUCAGCUUAGAACGCUUGAAGAUGAAGGUAUGUCUCGUUUGCUGAUCAUCAAAGACAAGAUUGAUGAACUAAAAUCCAGCAAGGGGAGUGAAUCAGACAUGGACACUGCAAACAAUGGUAAAGAUGUUAGUGGUGGGUCAUCAAUGACAGAACAGGUAUCUGGGCUGGUUAGAUUGACUGAUGUUACUGCUUUGUUGCCCCGCAGAGAUUUCAAAAUGCAUGGUGGUGUAAUUUCAGAUGCUAGUUCAGAUAUGAGUUACAACAGUGUAUGCAAACAAAUUGAUGAGGGUUUGAAAGAAAAAUUCUCUGAAUCUGAAAUCAUACGCACAGUGUUAAGAAUGAUCAAACCAGGUAACUUUAAAGAUAUGUUGACCAACAAAGAUGAUCUCACUGUUGCAGAACUGAAACGGUUCUUAAAGUCGCAUAUGAGAGAACGAAGUAGCACUGAAUUGUUUCAGGAGCUUAGCAAUGCUAAGCAGCAUGAUAAAGAAACUCCACAGCAGUUUGUCUAUAGACUAAUGGGGUUGAAACAAAAAAUUAUCUCUGCAUCACAACAUGGAUCAGAGUUUAACUAUGACAAACGACUGGUGCAGGGAGUGUUCCUUCAUACACUGUAUCAGGGGCUAAAUGAGAAAAAUGGUAAUAUCAGAUCGGACAUUAAGCCUCACAUCUCUGACUUGACAGUGACUGAUGACUUCAUCUUAGAGCUGGUUACUAAAUCAGCUAAUGAGGAAGCAGAGAGACAGAAGCGUCUUAGCACUGUAUAUAAACACAAACUUCUGACUGUUAGUUCCUCCCAGUCCCAAGAGGAUAGUGAGAAAAGCUAUGACACAUUGCAUAAGAGAAUGGAAGGAGAAGCUCGAGCAAAUCGCACUGCCUUAAUGGAACUGACAGCUCAGGUUGCUGCUCUCACUGAAAACCUUGAAAAGAUGAUGAGACACCCUGCUGCAAUUGAAAGCCAAACUGCCACACCAUUAAUGAAUGUUGAAGUUUCAGACAAACCUGUAAGCAAGCGUAGAUGUGACGACUGCAUCCAGCGAGGAAAUCAGGACUGCUGCCAUUGCUUCCGCUGCGGCCAGGCAGGACACAGAGCAGUUGGUUGCCUAAAGAAGGGAACGAAGGUGGGAAACGGGAGGCGGUCACUGGUACGGGACAACCAGUGACCACAUCAUGCUGUCCGUCCCAUGUCAAGGUAAACUAUGUGCCUACACACCGUUCUGAAAAUUUAAGUUGGAAAAAUCGUCAGUCACCAAAAAAACAAGCAGCACAACUGAUUGGCAGAAAAUGUAUGCUGUCGUGUUGGUUAAAUGGGGUUCUUACUGAAAUGCUGUUGGACACAGGGGCUCAAGUAAGCAUGGUAGGAAAGACGUGGGUAGAAAAGUUCCUUCCAAAUGUGCCUAUCAAGCCUAUAGAAGACUUAUUUUCUGACCAUCAGCUUCUAAUUACUGCUGCCAAUGGCUGUGUGAUUCCAUUUGUUGGAUGGAUUGAAGUACUCUUUGAACUCAAAAGUGAUGGAUCUGGAACCUUUUCCAUUCAGGUACCAAUGCUAGUAAGCGACUGCUGUAAUGACAAUCCACUUCUGGGUUUUAAUGUCAUUGAAGAAUUGAUCAGAGGAAGCAGUGACCAGCCAAAUAGCACUGAAAAUCUAACCAUUUUGCUGAGUAAAGCUAUGAAUGUAAGACAGGGCAUAGCUAACAAUAUCGUCAAUGAUGUUGUGCAAUUAGCAGAUUCAGAGGAAAUGUGGGACAGUUGUGUGGUAAAAGUAGGGAAGACAGGACUCACAGUUAGAAGAGGCGAACUCUGCGAAGUCAAAUGCAGAAUUAGAGGUGGGCCUGAAGGGGGAGUCAUGCCAUUCGAACCACUUCCAGAAUGGCCAGUCCAAGAUGGCCUUGAACUAUUUCCGGCUGUGGUUGAUGUGCCCAAUGGUGCAUCUAAAGUAGUGAAGAUACCUGUCCUGAAUUCCACUCAACAUGACAUUUACCUCCCUGCAAGGACAGUGUUGGGUAAUAUCACUCCAGUAUCUGAAGUCCUACCCCUCAUUCCAAGUGGUGGUGCUAGAAAAGAAAACAACAAGGAGGGAAGGGAGGUUCAUGUAAAUCAGUUGAGCCAGGUAGAUAAGGGAAGUCAGUUACCCGUCAACAAAGCAAUUAAGUGGCACCCACCUGUCGAUUUGGAACACCUUUCAAAACCAGAGCAGGAGAUAGUUAGAC